AUGGUGCGCGUGCCCGGAUCUUCGGAAGACGCGGGGAUUCAUCGCAAGCCCCAAGAUGAAAAAGAAGUUAAGGUCAAGAUAGAAUCGAAGACCGAAGAUCCACUGGAAGACGGACCGCUAGUGACACAAGAGGACAAAAACAAAGAGUCGAAGGACCGACUGGACCUUGGGAGGGGUCCGGCCAACAAGUUAAAGGUUAAUUUUAUUGAAAAAAACUGA